AUGACCCGCAACCGUAGACGCUAUGACUCGACGACUCGCCAGGAUCGCCGCCGUCAGGCGGAUCUUUUCGCUCGGUUUCGGCUCCACAAGCUCUCACUAUGUCAAUACCUCUCGUGGUAUUUCAGCCCGUCAACACAACACGAUGGUGUUCACAAGCAUAGGCCAAAGGUCUUCAACAGUAAUUGGACCCAGCUCAAGCGUUUGACGUGGCUUCCCGGCUGUUGA